GAAAUGAGAAAAAAACCGUUGGGAAUUUGAAUAAAAAUCAGCGAGAGCGCGCGACAAAAUAUUGGACGCACCAAUAAAAUGUCAAAAUUUCAGUGCGUGGCAUAAAUUCGUGUGCGGGGAGAAAAAAGCACGAAAAUUCCAGGGAAACUGGGUUUGUGUGGGUGAUUGUGGUGCUCCAUUGAGUCAUGUCGGAGCGCAAGGAGAGCCGCCAGUGGGCAACGAUCCUGUUGCUUUGCAUCCUGUGGUACAUUGUCUCAUCCAGCAACAAUGUCAUCGGGAAGCUUGUCCUCAGUGAAUUUCCCUUCCCCACCACCGUGACAAUGGUCCAGCUGCUGAGUAUAACGGUCUACAGUGGACCCUUCUUCAAUCUCUGGGGUGUCCGGAAGUACGCUGAUAUGUCCUGGCGGUACUACGCCAAGAUAAUUAUUCCCCUGGCUCUGGGCAAGUUUGUUGCCUCCGUCUCAUCCCACAUAAGCAUCUGGAAGGUGCCUGUCUCCUAUGCGCAUACAGUGAAGGCAACAAUGCCCCUCUUCACAGUCAUCCUGUCCAGGGUAAUCCUCAAGGAGAAGCACACAACGCUGGUUUACAUGAGUCUCGUGCCAAUUAUCACAGGAGUGGCCAUUGCAACAGUUACGGAAUUAUCCUUUGACAAGAUUGGCCUCAUCUGUGCCCUCCUAUCCACAAUGGGCUUCUCACUUCAGAAUAUCUUCUCCAAAAAGGUGCUAAAGGACACGGGAGUCCAUCAUUUGAGGCUCCUUCACAUUUUGGGACGUCUGGCGCUGUUUAUGUUCCUCCCGGUGUGGUUUUACAUGGACUUCUUCAGCAUAAUCGCCCAUCCGACGGUGUUGACACGCGACUACAAAGUGCUGGCGCUCCUCUUCACCGAUGGCGUCCUCAAUUGGCUCCAAAAUAUCAUUGCGUUCAGUGUUCUGUCGCUCGUGACACCGCUCACGUAUGCCGUUGCGAGUGCCUCAAAGAGGAUCUUUGUGAUUGGAGUUUCGCUCCUUAUCCUUGGGAAUCCAGUGACGUGGAUGAAUAUCUUUGGGAUGGUUCUUGCCAUUUUGGGUGUCCUUGGUUACAACAGGGCAAAGUAUCUGUCCAGGCAUAAGGACACAAAGCCCCCGGUUUUACCUUUUACGAAUCAACAGUGGAACUACAGCCAAUUGCCAACAGUUGACAAUUUCUAUGGGAAUGGAAAGCCCUAUGCGAAUGGAGGGAUAAAAACGACGAAUCUUCUUUUAAAUAAUAACACAGCCACGACAAAUAAGCUCCUCUUUGUCUGAGGGCCCCCUAAAAUGUGUUUGUGGGGGCUUUUAGGUGCUAAUUAUGCUACAGUAUUGCGAGGGAGUGGGGUAAAUGAACAUGAUUGAACAUCUGGGUAUCCCCCAAAAGACGGUACAAAUGAAGCAUCGCUUCAUGCUCACAUGUGGAUGGUGAUAGAGAGAGACACAGAGCCCCGGGGAGAUUGAUAAAGGCGGAAUUCUCCGUGAUUUCAGGGCUCAAAGAUCAACCGGAGGGUCACAAAAAAAACGCCCGGACAAAUAAAUGAGCGCCAAAGCAACUCGGUAAAUGCUUUUGGCAGCAAUUAACUCUUUUUUUCGUCACAAAAACAUUUUUUUUCUUACUUUUAAUUCGUUAUCUUAACAAUCCGUGUGACAACGGAGAGUGCUCGCAUCCAGGAGCAAUUGGGGGGAGGAGCUGAAGAAAAUCUCUCGUCUACACAUCAUUGUUGAGUUGCCCAGAAAGGGGGGAUUUUUUCCGAAUUAAUUUUCUGUUGUUGUUGUAAAUAAUCGCGAUGUGUGUAAAUAGCUCUGAGAAAAAGAUUAAAUGUGCGUCUUAUAUGAUAUAUUUAUUUAGUGAAAACAAUAAAUGAGCGUAAGCUUAGGGAAAUUAUAUAUAUUAUAUACAAAUUAUAUUAAAAAAAAACAAUCACUGUAAAUAAGUCACAAAAAAAAUAGUUGAUGAUUAAAGAAGCAAAAGUUCUGUAUAAAGAA